AGAUGGCUGCCUAGUGUGCAGUAGGACGCGCUGCUCGAUGUCAACAUGUCGCUUCUCAGACUUUGUGCCUUUUUUAAAUAUUCCAGUCGUCUUAGUUUGUUUGAAAAGUCUGCGGGCCUUUUAGCGAAGUGUUGUCAGCGGGGUUUUACGGUCACACACAAAGGAGAGACACAUGCGUGGCUUCAAAGAAGAAAUGUGUCAUUUUUAAUCCAAAAGACAAGGAAUGCAAGAAAACAUAUUUUGGAACAGUCUCAGCUCUUAAAAGUGAACGAAACAAGGAUCCAGCAAGUUCAGUGUGAUGUUGCUCUGGAUUUAAAAUUUCGUAAAGGGUUGAAGGUUUUUAAGGUUUCCCCUCCUCGGAAACGGCCUGUUAAGUGUUCCAAAUCCACACCUCAAGAGAAAAUGAACAUUCCUAACUCAGGACAGCCUGUUGCCCAUGAAACUUGUGAAACCCAUCCGAGCCACUGGAUGCCAAAAUUAACAGAGGAGAACGGCAACAAACAUCAGGCGGUGCAAAAUUUAGAGCAGAUUCAAAAGGAAGUCAAGAAGAAGAAGAAGAUGAAGAAAAUUUCAAAGAACAUAGCGAUGGACGCUGGUACACUAUCCACCCGUGAAACAAAAAUAUUUUCCAUUCUUAAAACUGAUUUUUUCUCCGGUGAGAUUCAGUCUUACAUUGUUAAACCUAAAUCACCAAAACCGUCACAACCUACCGACCUACCUAGCGGCAUGAAGCUGACUGAGCAACAGGAGAACCAGUGUACAACCCCGACCAGCUCACAGCACCAACAGUUGGCUGAUAACAGGUCGAUGUGCCCGGACGUUAAGCUCAGCAUCCGCGCCUUCAUGGAGGCCUGUUUGUUCUGCGGGGACACUGAAGGGGCAUACGGCUUCAUACUCCAGCAGCACAGGAGCUUGAGUCGACGUAGACAUCUUAACACAGACAUCUACAACAUCAUGAUGAGAGUUUGGGCCAAGAAUGGCACCUUGAAUCAGAUUGGUCGCAUGUUUAUUUUGUUGGAAGAGGCUGGUCUGAAGCCGAAUCUCGGAUCUUACUGUGCUGCUUUGGAGUGUAUGGGCCGCAGUCCAUCCUGUUCCCCACGAAUCAUCACAAGGUGCCUGGACCAGAUGGAGGAAGAUGGCCUGUGCUUAGAUGAUCUGUUCAACCAGUAUGCAUUCCAACAAGAUGAGAGAGAAAUGGUUCUGAAGGCCAUACAUACCAUUCGUCCCAACUACCAGCCCAGCCUUAAGCCCUGCACAAGUGAAAAUGUUUUGCCACUGGUUCAGGACUUUUACACACAGAGGGAACGCCACCAGUACCCCAAAGUACCGUUCUCCCAUAAGGAGCUGCAGAAGCGUUUCAUGCGUCAACUCAACAUGGAGCAGGCCUGCAGUAUCAGCAUUGACUCUGUGGAGGCUAGCCGGCCUGUUUCUAACAAAAUGGCAAAAAUGAGGAAGCUUUUGGCAGAGACCCGCACUCAAUGGCACAACACCCUCCUUCAGGCCCUAAAGGAGAGCAAGUCGAACCUGCUGAACACCAAAAGUAGACAUCACAGUGUUAAACUUUACCCCUUUCUUUGUAUACUGGAGGACCAUGAAUACGUUGACAUCAUGUUGCAGAGUGUAGCCAAUAUGCCUCCCAGUGGAGAGGCGCUGAGGGUUUUGGCCUUGGAUCUGGGCAGGAGGAUCUAUACUAAGUACUAUGUGCGUCAUAAAACACAAAUUCAAAUGGUGGAAAAGUUGAGCAACAUUUACAGCAGUUACACAGAACUGUUGGCCAAUGAUACAAAGGUGUCUGAUGCCCUUCCAAGGGAGCACUGGUGUAAGGCGGAGACAGAGCAGUGUUCAGGUCCCACACUGCAGGGGGGCCUAACGUCCUGGCCAUCCGAUAUAACCAUAAAGUUGGGCACUUACCUGAUGGAUAUGAUGGUCAAGAACCUCAAAAUUUCCAGCAACAUCUUAAAUUCUGAAAAGGCCAUGAGGCUCAUCCCCAUCCUAUAUCACAUGUAUACUUUUCGUGGCAACCGACAGGUUGGCUUCAUCAAACUCCACCCCAUCCUGGCUCAAAUGCAGCAUGAGGCCAGUGUCAGAAUGACCUGCGAUUCCUAUGUGAUUCCAAUGCUAUGCCCUCCAGUGCCCUGGACAUCAGUCAUUGGUGCCUACCUGCUGACACCUGCCCGCUAAUGCGCACAGAUUAUGGGUGCCAAACAACAUGAAUGUUUGUUGGAGAACGCCCAGAACCUCCAUAGUGUUUUGGAUACUCUCAGCCAGCUGGGCAGCUGUGCCUGGAAGGUCAACAAACCCGUGCUGGAUAUUAUUAUCUCUGUGUUUAAUGAUGGUGGGAAUGAGAACCUAGAUGUUCCUCCUCCGGUGCCAGAGAUUCCCAAAAUGCUGCAUUUCAACCCCCAUGGUUUGGCAAGUACACCUGCUAAUAGGGCUUCCUCAAAAAAAGAAAUGCUUGUUGCCAGAAAGAAAUGCCUGGAGAUGCACAGCUUGCGCAUGGCUGCUCUUUAUAAACUCUCCAUCGCCAACUAUAUGAGAGAUGAGAUCUUCUGGUUCCCGCACAACAUGGACUUCAGGGGACGCACCUACCCAUGUCCUCCACACUUUAAUCACUUGGGAAGUGACAUGUCACGAGCCAUCCUUCUGUUUGCAGAGGGGAAGCCUCUCGGUCCGAAAGGCCUGGAGUGGCUGAAGAUCCACUUAGUCAAUCUGACAGGGCUGAAGAAGAGGAGCUCAUUACAAGAGAGGCUGGAGUAUGCCAACUCUAUAAUGGAGGACAUACUGGACUCUGCGGACAAGCCUCUAAAUGGUAAGAAGUGGUGGAUGGAUGUAGAUGAGCCGUGGCAGUCUCUGGCCUGCUGUAUGGAGAUAGCCAGUGCUGUCAGAUCACCUGAUCCAACACAAUUCAUCUCUCGUUUUCCUGUGCAUCAGGUUGAGGUAUUUCGAGCAGAGGAUGCAAAGAAAGGUCUCAGGGUCGCGAAAGUGCUGGAGGGCUUCAUCACCAGGAAGGUGGUCAAACAGACUGUGAUGACUGUGGUGUACGGGGUCACACGCUACGGGGGACGGCUUCAGAUUGAAAAAAGACUGAAGGAGAUUGACGAGUUUCCCAAGGAACACGUGUGGGAUGCGUCACAUUACCUUGUGGGCAGGGUGUUCUCUGCCUUGAAAGAGAUGUUUACAGGAACCAGAGAAAUCCAGGAUUGGCUUACGAAAAGUGCCAGGCUCAUCUCCCAGUGUGGCCACACUGUGCAGUGGGUGACACCCCUGGGUUUGCCCGUCAUCCAGCCGUAUCAUGUCACACGGAAAAAAGUGAUAAAGAGUGAAUUGCAACACAUCUCCCUGGAGAUCAACCAUGACUCCAAUGAAAAGCCACACACGGUUAAACAGAAGAAUGCCUUCCCACCAAACUUCAUCCACUCUCUGGAUUCCACGCACAUGAUGCUGACUGCGCUCCACUGCUAUAGUGCUGGUGUGACAUUUGUUUCAGUCCAUGACUGUUUCUGGACUCACCCCCUCACUGUGGAUAUCAUGAACAAGAUAUGUCGGGAACAGUUUGUUGCUCUGCACAGCCAGCCAAUCCUUCAAGAGCUGUCCGCGUUUCUGCUAGAGAAAUUCUGCAGUAAACCCCCGGCGGUGACUGAUAAGAAAAUGCACCAGAUGUCCACGAAGCUGAUAAGUCUGCUGGCUGAAGUGCCCCAGACAGGGGAUUUUGACCUCCAGCAGGUGAAAAACUCUAAAUAUUUCUUCAGCUGAGGUACACGUGAAGACAAGCCAGCAGAGGGAGAAGGACCGACUGAGUGCAGCAGGCCCCGUGGCCUCAUCCGGCUUCAUCUGCCUCAGACAUCAGCCCAUUGGUCUGGGCCCAGUCAUGUCCCACCUGCCCUCUGCUGGAGACUUUUACACACACUGAACACACCUGAGUGAUAAGUGGGUUGACAGCAGGCAGGGUGAGACGGUCAUCAAGGCGAGCCACGAGGAACCUGCAGUCGCUGAAUGUACUUCUGUUCUAAUGGAACCGUUUUAGCCAUUUUCAGAUAUGUACUGCUGCUCUCUGUGUAUGUGUGUUACUUGUGCACAUAAGCUGUCAAGUAGACUGAAUGUGAAUUACAUGUCAGCCUCCAUCACUCAGCAUCACUUUAGGUGCUCAGUAAGACUGAGAAAACUGCACUGGCGGUACGGCGUAAUUGGCAGUGAUUGGCAGUGAUUGAUGUGUGUGUACCUAGUACCUAGUGGCAUUUUCUCACUAUGAGGUCUGCCCCCAUGCCUCUGCAGCCUGCUCCUUUUCCACAAAUCAUCGAUUGCUGUCACUUACCUGCAAUGAAGGUGCCGACUGACUGAUUUCAGCUUCAUCAGGGUUCACUUAAAAAAUCUGAAGACGAGACAUUUGAAAGUAUUUGGGGUACAGAGCGGAGGACGUUGAGUAAAAGAAAUGUCGAGAAUGUGCCGCGGCUCUUGUCCUCAAUGUGGGCCACCUCUUGAUUCUCACAUUCAUUGCAGUGACUAAGCACUUGCGAGUUUUAUACAGUAAAUAUUUCUUAAAUUGCCUCCUCAUUCUUUUAAUGGAUCAUGCAUAUUUCAUUCCUGUUUUCUAGAGUGAGCUGAAGGCCUCCUUUUAGAUGCACCACAAAGGGUUUGCAGGCUUCACUAAUCAACAGAGAUCUUAUUUUUCUGGGCCAGUGCCACAUCGCAAAGUAAAAAUAGCAGAACUGCUGUCUGAUCAUUUCUGGAAAUGUUAUAGCACUUUCAGACAAAAGGUGCCGUUGAUGUUCAAAGACAAAUGCAGUCGGAGCCAAACUGAGCCGGCUGAGUGACGAUGUAAUGAAGUGGAAAUAAUCUUUGAGGGGUGUAAGUGCUAUGCUGAUUAGAACGUAGGAUUUGUUCUGGUCAGGAUGACAGUGGAAGCAGAGAACCUGUUAAUAUUUUGUGCAACUUUGGUUAGUUUUAUUGUUUUUGUGAAAGCGACCUGUCGCCAAAUGGUCUUUGCACUCUUAUUCAGUGUCUCCUUGUCACACCCAGGAAUUAUUAUUA